CCCGCUCUCCCCAGACUCCAACACACACUAAUAAUUACAUUCCCCACGUUCACCAUUUCACUUACAAGUACCACAAACAAGCCCACCUCAUGGCUGCUGCUGCCCUCUCAUCUCUGCUACUCUUUCUGUCCCUCCUCUUUGUUUCCUCUGUUUUAGGUGGCAACUUUUACCAAGAUUUUGAGAUCACUUGGGGCAGUGGUCGAGGUAAGAUUCUUAAUAACGGCGACCUUCUUACUCUUUCUUUGGACCGAGGCUCUGGUUCUGGCUUUCAGUCCAAGAAUGUUUACCUUUAUGGUAAAAUUGAUAUGCAGCUCAAACUUGUGCCUGGCAACUCCGCUGGCACUGUCACCACUUACUAUCUCAAAUCCCAAGGCUCGACGUGGGAUGAAAUAGACUUUGAAUUCUUGGGGAAUCUCAGCGGUGACCCUUAUACUCUUCAUACCAAUGUUUAUACCCAAGGCAAGGGCGACCGGGAGCAACAAUUCCACCUCUGGUUUGAUCCCACUGCCAAUUUCCACACCUACUCAAUCCUCUGGAAUCCACAGGGGAUCAUCUUCUCAGUGGACGGCACGCCCAUCAGAGAGUUCAAGAACCACGAAUCAUCAGGCGUCCUGUUCCCAAAAAACCAGCCGAUGAGACUAUACUCGAGCCUAUGGAACGCUGACGACUGGGCCACAAGAGGAGGGCUAGUGAAGACAGAUUGGUCCCGAGCUCCCUUCACUGCCUCCUACAGAAACUUCAACGCCGACGUGUGCGUUUGGUCGGCCGGCAAGUCAUCGUGUUCCUCUGGAGCCCAUGUUGGCGGCAGAGGAUGGCUGUCUGAAAAUCUGGACAUCACCCGACAACAGAGAAUGAAGUGGGUUCAGAGGAAUUACAUGGUUUACAAUUACUGCACUGAUGCCAAGAGGUUCCCUCAAGGCUACCCUCCUGAGUGUGCCCUCAACACCGCCGCCUAAAUUCAGCCCUCCCCCACGAUGCAUAUUUGGUUUGCCUGCCGUACAAAUUUUAGUUUAUUAUCUUAUCAUACUCGAUUACGUAUAAACAAUAUGGUAUUGCAAGAUACAUAUCUGGUUUUGCAUGGCUAUGCCUAUUUGCCUGUUUUCUUGGAAGAAUCAAUUUCUUUUUAAUAUCAA